AGGGGGAGCGAGUCCCCGACGACGGGAGCCGCGUUGGCUCGCUUCCUCAGAACGCGCCUUCCAAUUUGAAGCUGCGGCGCCUCCUGCCUCUCUGAAGAGUGGAGGGGAAAGAUGGAGACCGAGUCACGGGCGCAAACAACAAAUCAGACACAAACAGAUUCAUUAUCUCCAUCCCCUAAUCCUGUGUCACCUGUGCCUUUGAAUAACCCGACAAGUGCCCCACGAUACGGAACCGUGAUCCCUAACCGCAUUUUCGUAGGAGGAAUUGACUUUAAGACAAAUGAAAAUGAUUUAAGAAAAUUUUUUUCCCAGUAUGGGUCUGUGAAAGAAGUGAAGAUUGUUAAUGACAGAGCUGGAGUAUCCAAAGGGUAUGGUUUCAUCACUUUUGAAACUCAAGAAGAUGCCCAAAAAAUCUUACAAGAGGCUGAAAAACUUAAUUAUAAGGAUAAGAAACUGAACAUUGGUCCAGCAAUAAGAAAACAACAAGUAGGGAUUCCUCGUUCCAGUUUAAUGCCUGCUGCUGGAACAAUGUAUCUGACCACUUCAACUGGAUAUCCUUAUACUUACCAUAAUGGUGUUGCUUAUUUUCAUACUCCAGAAGUAACUUCUGUCCCACCAUCUUGGCCUUCACGAUCCAUAUCUAGUUCUCCUGUGAUGGUAGCUCAGCCGGUUUAUCAGCAACCUGCCUAUCACUACCAGGCUCCAGCACAGUGUUUACCAGGGCAGUGGCAGUGGGGGGUUCCCCAGUCCCCUGCCUCUUCUGCUCCAUUCUUGUAUCUGCAGCCCUCUGAGGUUAUUUAUCAACCAGUAGAAAUUGCACAAGAUGGCGGCUGUGUUCCUCCUCCACUGUCUCUGAUGGAAGCUUCUGUCCCAGAGCCGUAUUCUGACCAUGGAGUUCAAGCAGCAUAUCACCAGGUUUAUGCUUCAAGCGCCAUUGCUAUGCCUGCACCUGUGAUGCAGCCUGAGCCAAUUAAAGAGCCAAGGUUACAUUCUGUGAGAAGAAGCUUUUCUCAUCCUUCAUCUGUGGCUUUGAAACCUCGAUACUCUCGAAGCCCACACUUUCAUCCUAGGAAAGAUUUCAGAGCAGACGACCCAGUUUCCACUCCACCUUCCUGUACUGAUUUUGUUAAGUAGAUUCUUGAGUUACUGUUUUUUCCAGAAGUAGAAAAUAACUAGGCCUGUAUGUGGUCUAGUAAUAAGUGAGGUUUGGGAAUAUGCUUAAGGUUACAUGUUUUUGCUUUUUUUUUUCAAAGAAUUUUUGAAAUCUUAGUAGCCAGAACAUGGGAGAUGCAGUUAAAUCAUGGUUUCCUUUAUUAACUCAGACACCUAAGUAAUAUAGAGUUACAAGCCGUAACAUACAAGAGUUGUCUCUUACUGUAAGACGCUGUCUUUCAGCUCAUUAUCUCCCUGUCUUACCAGCAUGAACAUCAUACAUAACCAUUUACAGACACCUUUGAUGGUUGGAUUUUCAGUCUCGUUCCAGAAGUUUCAUAUUUGUACAAAUUCAUGGCAUAUAUGGAAAUGCUUACCAACAGACCAUCUUUUGUAAUAUGAUAGAAAUUUUAAAAGCUCUAUCUUGUUAGAUGAUGUAUAAAUUCUAAUUUUCACA